CCACUGCGACCCUCAAUCGGCCAGACACGGGCGAUUGAAGUUAUCAACAAGCUGAGCAGCAAGGUGUUGAUAGUGCAUUGCCAAUCGAAAGACGACGAUAUGGGUGCUCAUGGCGUUGCCAUUAACGAGAGCAUCAGCUGGCAGUUCGAGUUGGACAGCUUUCGUGCGACCCUUUUCUGGUGCAACCUCGCGGUAGAAGAUAAGCAUCUUUCUUUCGAUGCGUACGAUGCAGAUAGGCACAGGAAUUUCUACAUUUCCGUGUGGGAUAUCUCUGACGACGGGCUUUUCGGGAGGUACGUGUCCAGUGGAUAUCGACAUUUCAUUUGUCGAUGGAACUCGUCGAAAAAAGACUGUAGGUACCCGUGA